AUGAGCCACUCGAGGAAGCAUGUGGUGACGGGAUCGCUGCACGACUAUCCGGUGCCCGAGGGCGAGCAGGAGAUCGUGCGAGUAACGGAGAUGCGUGGCAGCAACAUUGUCGAAGUACCCUUUGAGGAGGUGCUGAACAAAGCGGACAAGAAGCUGCGCGGUCGGAUCGCCACCGUGCUCUUCCCCAACCACGUCAAAAACAUCGAGCGACUGGGCUUGUGGCCAACGGAGUGGAAGUCGGAUGCAGCUAAAGUGGAUGAGAAGACGUCUCGAGGAGAGGAGGUGGAAGAAGACGAUGACGAAGUGGACGAUGAGGACGAGGACCCCUAUCUGCGACGACGACGAGGACGAAGAAGAAGACAGCGACGACGAGGACGAUGA